AUGGGCUGGGGGAUGCCACGGGUGAUGCUGGCAUACUCCAAAGUCUUCCUUAUCUACAACGCGGGCGUGCAGGGCUGCCUGGAGACGAAGGACUCGCUGGUGAGACUCGCCAAGGGCUGCAACGCCAGCGCCCCGGCCCAGCAGUGGAAAUGGGUCUCGCGAAAUCGCCUCUUCAACGUGGGGGCCAUGCAGUGCCUGGGGGUGUCCUGGCACGGGGCCAACGCCACGGCGGGGCUGCACCCCUUGGCCACCUACGAGUGUGACCGCGAGUCCGUCAACAUGCGCUGGAGCUGCCGCGGCCUCGGGGAGCAGCUCUCCCAGCAUCUCGGCGCCCGCCCGGGCAAUUCCUCCCUGGACAGGGGGGACCAGGCGCGCGGCUCGCAGUGGAGGACCUAUGGCACCGAGGAGGAUCUGUGCUCCAUGCCGUACUCUGAGAUUUACACCAUCCAGGGCAACUCGCACGGGAAGCCGUGCACCAUCCCCUUCAAGUACGACAACCAGUGGUUUCACGAGUGCACCAGUACGGGGCGGGAGGACGGCCAUCUCUGGUGUGCCACCACCCAGGACUACGGCAAGGACGAGCGAUGGGGCUUCUGCCCCAUAAAGAGCAAUGACUGCGAGACCUUCUGGGACAAGGACCACCUCACCAACAGCUGCUACCAGUUCAACUUCCAGUCGACGCUGUCAUGGCGGGAGGCCUGGAAUAGCUGUGAGCAGCAAGGGGCCAACCUGCUCAGCAUCACCGAGAUCCACGAGCAGACCUACAUCAACGGGUUGCUGACCGGGUACAGCUCCACGCUCUGGAUUGGGCUCAAUGACCUGGACAUCAAUGGAGGCUGGCAGUGGUCGGACAACUCACCCCUCAAGUACCUCAACUGGGAGAGCGACCAGCCCGACAACCCCAGCGAGGAGAACUGUGGUGUGAUCCGCACCGAGUCGUCCGGGGGGUGGCAGAACCGCGACUGUGGCAUUGCCCUCCCCUAUGUCUGCAAGAAGAAGCCCAACGCCACCGCCGACCCCNNNNUGCCAGACUCGUGGUCGGAGGUGAAGGUGGACUGCGAGCCCAGCUGGCAGCCCUUCCAGUCCAACUGCUACCGCCUGGUGGGAGAGAAGAAGAGCUGGCAGGAGGCGAAGAAGACCUGCCUGCGGAGCGGGGGAGACCUGGUCAGCAUCCACACGCUCUCCGAGCUGGAGUUCGUCACCAAGCAGAUCAAGCAGGACGUGGAGGAGCUCUGGAUUGGCCUAAAUGACCUCAAGCUGCAGAUGAACUUCGAGUGGUCGGAUGGGACGCCCGUGAGGUUCACCUACUGGCACCCCUUCGAGCCCAACAACUUCCGCGACAGCCUGGAAGACUGCGUGACCAUCUGGGGGCCGGAAGGGAGGUGGAACGACAGCCCGUGCAACCAGACCCUGCCCUCCAUCUGCAAAAAGCCCGGCCGGGUGAGCCAGGAGAAGGAGGAGGAUGACCACGGGUGCCGAAAGGGCUGGAAGUGGCACAGCCCCUCCUGCUUCUGGCUGGGCGAGGACCGCGUCCCCUACAGCGACGCCCGCAAGAUGUGCUCCGACUACGGCUCCACGCUGGUCACCAUCACCAACAGGUUUGAGCAGGCCUACGUCAGCAGCCUCAUCUACGGCUGGGACGGGGAGUAUUUUUGGACAGCACUGCAGGACAUCAACGAGACGGGCGCUUUCCGCUGGCUGAGCGGUGACGAGGUCAUGUACACCCACUGGAACCGCGACCAGCCCGGUUACAACAAGGGUGGCUGCGUGGCCCUGGCCACCGGCAGCUCCAUGGGGCUGUGGGAGGUGAAGAACUGCAGCACCUUCAAGGCAAAGUACAUCUGCCGGCAGAACCUGGGCACCCCGGUCAACCCCGAGCUGCCCGGUCCCUACCCCACGCCCAGCCUGGCCGCCGCCUGCCCCCCGGGAUGGAGCUCCGACUCCAAGCUCCGUCACUGCUACAAGGUGUUCAACUUUGAGAAACUGCAAGAGAAGAAGACGUGGAUCGCAGCGCAGGAGUUUUGCCGGGAGCUGGGAGCCCAACUGCUCAGCCUGGGCAGCUACGAGGAGGAGCACUUUGUGGCCAACACCCUCAACAAGAUUUUCGGGGAGUCGGAGCCGGAGCUCCACGAGCAGCACUGGUUCUGGAUCGGCCUGAACCGGCGGGACCCCGCGGGGGACAGGAGCUGGAGGUGGAGCGACGGGCUGGGGUUUUUCUACCACAACUUUGACCGCAGUAACUACGAUGACGAUGACAUCCGGACCUGUGCGGUGCUGGACCUGGCCUCCCUGCAGUGGAUGCCGAUGCAGUGUGAAGCCCAGCUGGACUGGAUCUGCAAACUGCCCAAAGGUGCUGACGUGAAGGAGCCGGAGAUCACGACCCAAGGCAGCAAAGAGUGGGUGAAGUACCAGGAGGCCGAGUACAAGUUCUUUGAGCACCACUCGACGUGGGUGCAGGCGCAGCGCAUCUGCAGCUGGUUCCAGGCUGAGCUGGCGUCGGUGCAUGGCGAGGCCGAGCUGCGCUUCCUGGGCCAGAACCUGAAGAAGUUCUCCAGGGGCCAGGAGCAGCACUGGUGGAUCGGGCUGCACACCUACGAGAACGACGGGAGGUUCAAGUGGUCUGAUGGGUCCCUCCUCAACUUCGUCUCCUGGGCGCCCGGCAAGCCCCGUCCCAUCAACAAGGACAAGAAGUGCGUGUACAUGACGGCCAGCAGAGACGACUUGGGGGACCAGAAGUCCCUGCCGGCGCUUCCCUACAUCUGCAAGCGGAGCAAUGGGACGGCGGCGAAGCCUUCCCUCCCGCCGCUGCCCGCUCCCUCGUGGUUGACAGAGGAGAACCUCUUCUAUGCCAACUGGCAGGACGGGGAGCCCCAGCAGGUCAUGGGCUGCUCCUACAUGGACGUGGACGGGAGCUGGCGCACGGCCGGCUGUGACACCAAGCUGCAGGGAGGCAUCUGCCAGCUUCAAGCAGGUGCCCCCCGCACGCACAAGUGGAGCUACAGUGGCAGGUGGCCCAAGACGCUGGGGGGCCCACCCCCUUUCCGGGACCACUGCUACACCUUCCACAUGGAGAUCACCCUGGGGCAGAAGGAUGCCAUGAGGAGGUGCCAGAAAGUCGGUGGCACGGUGUUGUCCAUCCAGGAUGAGACGGAAAACGUCUUUGUGUGGGAGCACCUCCAGGCGUACGAGGGCCCGUCCAAGGGUGCCUGGCUGGGCAUGACCUUUAACCCCAAAGGUGGCACCUUGGUUUGGCAUGACAACACCGCCGUGAACUACUCCAACUGGGGCCAGCACGACACGGGGCCCAGCAUGCUCAGCCAGAACAGCUGCUACUGGAUCCAGAGCAGCAAUGGCGUGUGGCGCCUGGGCUCCUGCACCAACGUCACCAUGGGGGUCAUCUGCAAGAUCCCCCGAGUGGAGGAGAGCAGCUUUUCCAGGGCAGGUGAGUGGCACCGUUGGCCUGGGCACAGCACCGGGACCAGGAACCGGCUCUGGAGGGCCGUGCUGCAGCCCGGCUUGUGUUAA